AUGUCGACGCCGCAGGCCACCCGCGGCCAACGCGGUGGCAGCUCGACCAGAGGAGCACGAGGGACGUCGAGCUCGACUGCUCGAGGUCGCGGUAAUGCUCGAGAAACCACCAACCCCCGCGGAAGAGGCAGGGGCGCCGCCACGGCUCGCGCAAAUGGGAAUGCGAGGGACGCAAGCCCCGCUGGUGAAGGUCUUUUGCAACGCAUCCGGAAUGAUCUCAAGAGAGGAGCGGACACUGAGACAACUGGGCGAGGAAGAGGGCGCGGAGCCGGCAGGGCAACACCUUCGACACCCAGCCAGCGAGGACGUGGUCGUGGGUUUGCGAACAAUUCGAAGACGUUCAAUGCCCCAAACUCGCAGCCGUCGACGUCUGGGUCCCGAAGAGGGUCUCCGGCACCCGCGAGGGACCGAAACCUCAUGAACACCAAAUAUGCCGAAUUUCAGACGCUCAAGCAAAGCCGCGAAGAGGAACGUGCAAAAGCAAUCCGUGAUGGAUUUUUGGCAGAUCCGGAGAAGAAGACAAGCCUGGAUAAAGCCAUCACCCCGGUCGGCACCUGCACGGAUAUGUGUCCGCGAUUUGAAAGAGUGGAGCGCAUUGUCCAGAACAUGGUCGACAGGGCGGAGAAGGAGCGCGAUGAUGAAGACGGGAAGGACUGGCCUGCGGAAGAUCGCAUGGUCAAACGAUUUCGUCGCUCUGCUGCGGGCUACGACGAGCAAUUGCCCUCGGAUAUCCGGACGCCGGAGACUCUCAAGCGGACACUGGAUUACCUCUUUGACAAGGUGAUUGGUGGUGCCGAACGACUGGCCACGGUACAAAAGUUUGUUUGGGAUCGAACUCGAGGAAUCCGGAACGACUUCUCCAUCCAACAAGUCACCAAUGCUGCGGAUGUCAAGCUUGCCGUUGAGUGCUACGAGCGAAUCGCCCGUUUCCAUGUUCUCUCCCUGCACCAGCUGUCGAAUCCCGACAACCUCCUAGAAGGAGAGCACUUCGACGCCUUUCAAGAGAGAGAGCAGCUCAACAAUACACUGCUGUCUCUGAUGUACUACUACGACGACCAUCGAGACCGCGUCAACUUUCCCAACGAAGCAGAGUUUAGGGCAUAUCUCGUCAUCUUUGAGAUCGUAUCUCAGACGCCGAACUUGGAAGACCGUAUGCAGUCGUGGCCGGCCAGCAUUCUCAACGACCAAAGAGUGAAGACGGCAUUGAAGCUCUAUGCCGCUGCAGGAAACACCACGCUGCCUCUUGGGCCUCUACAACCCUUGGCGACUGCUGCCAUCGCGCAGGGCAAUGGAGGGAGCUUUUGGAAUGUCCUUGCCUCGAGAUCUGUGCCGUAUAUCAUGGCGUGUCUCGCUGAGAUGUACUUCGCCGAGGUCCGAUUUGCGGCUUUGGACGCUCUGUGGCGAUCACUCAAGCAGUCACCUCUGGGUCAACAAGCACGAUCCAGGGAGUGGAGCCUCAACGACGUGACGGACUUCCUGGGGUUUGACUCGGAAGACCAAACCAGGGAAUUCUGCGAGGCUUUUGACUUGUCCUUCGCCACUGACGAGAAUGGAGGGGGAUACCUGGACCUCCGGGCCAACUCUGCUAUGUCUUUGGACAAGUCAUCGACACCCGGACAGCAGGUCUUUUCCCACAAGUACGUCGAAAAGAAGAGAUACCGCCGGACCUUUACCGCCGUGGUCAACGGUGUGACCGUGGCUGACGCGAUCCGGUCGGGCGCGAUCGAAUCCGAUGAAGGAGAAGAUGGACGAGCCGAAUACGACCCUGAAGACGACGCCGAGAGCAUGUUCGUCGCCGACGACCAGCCCGCCCCGUCUCCCGCGAAUUCUUCAAAGCCCGGCUUUUCGCUUGAUCCGACCGCCUCGGUCUUCACACCAGCAUCUGGGAACACUACAGCCUCGUCGACCUUUGGAAAGCCAGCAACGGCGUCACCCUUUGGCACGUCGACGGUAUCUGCAGGCUUUGGGAGUACAAGCAAUACUACGUCAGACCGAGCUACAACGGCAUCGACGUUUGGAAAGCCUUCCAAUUCCGGCGGCUUUGGGUUUUCCACGACAGCUACGCCAUCCGGGUUCCUGUCAAGCUUUAACAAGCCAGCUGAUUCUGGCGCUUUCGGCUCUAGUGCCACGAGCUCUCCGUUUGGACUGACGACAACGUUUGGAAAUUCGACAAUCCUACAGCCACAGUCAGCAACCUCGACGUCUGAUGUUUUUGGCUUACCUACAGCCUCCAUAUCUACGGAAUCAACCGCAGCGGGCUUUGCGUCGUCCACAAUUCCCUCCGGUUGGAACUUUGGGCAGUCCGCUUCUGCAUCCCAGCCUCAGCAACCUGCCGCACCCGCUUUCGGGACAAACUUGGGAUCGACGACAACGGCGCCUCCCUCUUUAUCAUCGGGGAGUAAUUUUCAACCUCUCUUCGGCCAGCAACCCGCGACACAGGGGUCAAUACUCCCCGCGCCAGCAACACACGAAGAAAAUAAACCUGAGACGUCCGUAUUUACACCACCGGCCUGGCUCACAUCUCAAUCACCACCAGCUCAGCCAGCUUUGGGUGCAGGCCCCUCAUUACCAUCCAUCACUGAACCAUCACAAGAAUCCACUCCCACGUCCACUGGAUUUGGCAAGACUUCUCUCAAACCAUUCUUCGAUUCGAAAAAAGAUCUCCAGCCUUCCCUUGAUACCACUUCCCCACAACAGCACUUUGCAAAGCCGCCAUUAGCACCAACCCCGGCCUCACCUCAACCUCCGCGCAGCACAACUCCUCCACAUUCUCCCCGCCAAACCCCAGCCCAGCCUGUCUUUACCCCAGCUGACCGUCACCGACUCGCUGCGAAUGUGGCCCGUGUUGGAUUCACUCAGCCAAACGGCCUCCUUCACAGUUUCCUGGAGUUCGCCCUGCGGGAAGUGUUGACGACCGCCUUUAGACAGCACCAACAGGAGCUACGUGAUGCAGCCAUUGCAUCUAUCCGUGGACGUAUCCUUGCACGAAAAUUCGGCCACCUCUGGCGACAACGAGCGUGGAACAAUAGCCUCAAUCGACGCGCGAAGAACAGACGCCAACUCUUUGCAGAGACAAUCAGAGCUGAACAAGCAAGAAAGCAAAGAAGUGAUGAAGAGCUGGAGGAGAUCCUGAAGGCAGCUCAAGAGUCCAGACGGCUUCAAAAGGAAGUUGAAGAGGCCGUCAAAAUGCAGAAGGAACCUUCUACGAUGCCGAACGGUGGUGAAGUGGUCAAGGUUGCUGGACAAAAGCGCAAGAGCUUCUCUGGUCAAGACCUGAGAGCCAGCACCGUAGCAUCGGCCAACGGAGCAACCUCCGUCUCCGGUCACAAGAGGUCGAAGACGAUGAGCACCUCGGCGCAUUCGAGUCCAACAGCGGGUGGUGGCGCGCCGUCUGGUGCUAGCCUUCGUUCGUCCACCUCCAGGCCACCUCAACAUGUCUCGAUCUUCUCUCGUGCCUCAACCCUGGGACGAUCGACCAGCAACUCAGACUUGCGCAAAUCAGCGUCGUCUUACAAGCUGGAUGCCACACGCACCGACUAUUUCAGGCUCAAGGCUAUGGGUCUUGAUCCGGAUACGCCAAUCGUACCGGAUACGAAAGAGACACUGGCAUUCCGUCGACGAAGAGAGGCCGAAGAAAGACAAGCAAGCAUUAACAGAGCCAAUCGUCGCCUCCGAACCUCAACCUCGGAUCAGAGUCCGCCGACGGCGAUGCCACCGCCACCACUGCCACGUGCUCAAACAACCGAGACUCAACAGACACCGCGGACGAGACCUCCUCCUGCUCCUACCUCUGUCGAAGACGACUUUCUUAAGCAGAUCCGAGAGGCACGAGAGGCAAUGGCUGAGCAGACCGAAUGGUUUAAGCAGCAAGCUGUCACUUUGGAGAAAGAGAUCGCCCAGGACGAUGAGUUCCGAAAAAGCCAGAGCAGUCUUGAUGCUGGCAGUCCUGUGUCGUCAAGUGGUCUGGCCAAAGUCAAUGGAUUCGAAUACCUUCCGGCGGAUACAAAGCCUGGCUUUACAUUGUCAAGGACUGAAUUACGCAUCCGCCAGACUGGUGCUCAUGGGCUAGCCACUAAACCUCUACGCUCGACGGCGGACUACGUCGCCGUGGCCAUGUCCAAGAAAAGUGCGCUCAAUUACAGUGGCGGAUCACAUUCCAGUCCUGGAAGGAAACGGCCGCACAACGAUGUGGAAUCCUCGGAUGAGAUUUCGAGUGCCCACAAGGCUGCCCUCCACGCUUUGAAGCGUCCUCGGGCUGCAUCUCAUCAUAUCCAGGUGGCCACACCUCAAAAGCCAAAGCCGACGGCUCGAAAAAGUGGCGGAAAUCCAUAUCAGUUGUUGCAGACCGUCGAUUCCGACGAGGAAGAAGUAGAAGACCUGUCUGGGAACGACGGUGAUACGGCAGAGUCAUACGACGAGGAAGAAGAACUCCAUGGACAACCUGGAUCCCACCCUCGCCGCUUCGAGCCCAAUGGCAACCACGCGGACGACGAGGACGAGGAGGAACUAGACGAAGAUGAACUCGACGAAGAGGACGAAAAUGAGGAAUCCUACCUCGUCGAAGAAGGCUACGAGGAUGAGGAUGAGGAUGGGGAUGAGGAUGAGGAUGAAGAAGAAUUGGAUGAGGAAGACGAGGGCUACCGGUAUCCGGCACGAUAUUUACAGGGUGAUCAGCAUGAGUACGAAGAUGCAGCCACACCGGCUUCGAACCCCCAGAUCAGUCGAGCGGCCAGUAGUGCGCCGGGCGCGAGUGUGGACGACGCCUUCGUCAUUGAUGAUAGUGAUUGA